GUCCCCACUAUGGCGGCGCCCAGGCAGCCCACCGCGUCGUGGGCGCCCGCCGGGGUCCCCCGCGGCUGCCGCCGCCGCCUGCGCCCUCGCCUCCGCCUUCCCGCCCGCGUCGGGCCGGGCGCCGCCUCCCCCCUGCCUCCCUCUCCGCUGCGGUCAUGUAGGAAGUUGUAAAUCAUGUGAAGAUGGGACUCUUGGUAUUUGUACGCAACCUGCUGCUAGCCCUCUGCCUUUUUCUGGUACUGGGAUUUUUGUAUUACUCUGCGUGGAAGCUGCAUUUACUCCAGUGGGAGGACCCCAAUUCAGUGGUUCUUUCCUUUGACUCCGCUGGACAAACACUAGGCUCAGAGUAUGAUCGGUUGGGUUUCCUCCUGAAGCUGGACUCUAAACUGCCUGCUGAGUUGGCCACCAAGUACGCAAACUUUUCCGAGGGAGCGUGCAAGCCUGGCUAUGCGUCAGCCUUGAUGACUGCCAUCUUUCCCCGGUUCUCCAAGCCAGCACCCAUGUUCCUGGAUGACUCUUUCCGCAAGUGGGCUAGGAUUCGGGAAUUUGUGCCGCCUUUUGGGAUCAAAGGUCAAGACAAUCUGAUCAAAGCCAUCCUGUCAGUCACCAAAGAGUACCGCCUGACCCCUGCUUUGGACAGCCUCAGCUGCCGCCGCUGCAUCAUCGUGGGCAAUGGAGGUGUCCUUGCCAACAAGUCUCUGGGGUCACGAAUUGAUGACUAUGACAUAGUGGUCAGACUGAACUCAGCACCAGUGAAAGGCUUCGAGAAGGAUGUGGGCAGCAAAACUACACUGCGCAUCACCUACCCUGAGGGCGCCAUGCAGCGGCCCGAGCAAUACGAACGCGAUUCUCUCUUUGUCCUCGCUGGCUUCAAGUGGCAGGACUUCAAGUGGUUGAAGUACAUCGUCUACAAGGAGAGAGUGAGUGCGUCGGAUGGCUUCUGGAAAUCUGUGGCUACUCGAGUGCCAAAGGAGCCCCCUGAGAUCCGCAUCCUCAACCCGUAUUUCAUCCAGGAGGCCGCCUUCACUCUCAUCGGACUGCCCUUCAACAAUGGCCUCAUGGGCCGCGGGAACAUCCCGACCCUCGGCAGUGUGGCAGUGACCAUGGCACUACACGGCUGUGAUGAGGUGGCAGUCGCAGGCUUUGGCUACGACAUGAGCACUCCCAAUGCACCCCUGCACUACUAUGAGACCGUGCGAAUGGCGGCCAUCAAAGAGUCCUGGACGCACAAUAUCCAGCGAGAGAAAGAGUUUCUGCGGAAGCUGGUGAAAGCACGGGUCAUCACCGACCUAACCAGUGGCAUCUGAGGGGAGCCCAGCACAUGGCCACAGAGGUCCUGGCGCCGCCAAGAGCGAGCAGCAGCCACCGCCACCUGCCCACUUCA